UUAGGGCUCCUGGACCAAAUUUUAGGGCUCUUCGGCUAGAUGUCUUACGAUGGCGUGGUUGUGGGGAAGCUCAAGCUCAAGGGGCGGGCGCUGGAUGUGAGCGGCACCAAGAAGAAGAAGAAGAAGCCUCGGCGAUCCGAGUAUGUGCCAACAGAGGUAAUCGAUGGGGUUAGCAGCGGCGGCGAUGGAGCUCCUGGGGAGGGAGAGGAGGGAGAAGACCAAGAUCGCCAAGAUCUCUACAAUCGCCAGCGGCAGCAGCAGCAGCAGCAGCAGCAGCGGAGAAGUCUGGGCGGCGACGAGGAGGAGGAGGAGGAGGGGCGGAUGAUGCCGGCGGUGGUGGAAGAUCAUCGAACCCCAGCGGAGAAGAGGUAUCACGAGCAGAAGGCCAAGCUCGAGGAGACGAGACUGGCGAAGAUGGCCUCGAAAUCGCACAGGCAAAGAGUGGAGGAGUUUAAUCAGUACCUCGCGAAUUUGAGCGAGCACUACGACAUUCCAAAGGUCGGCCCUGGCUGAUCGAUUUGUCCCCAAAUUUUCUUUGAAGAACUUUGUGUGUUCUGUGUU